AACAUUAUAGUGCUAUUAUUGCACUCAUUCCACCUCCACCGCCAGCGCCACCGCCCCACCCCGUCUUCCCCAGUAAAUCUCAGUCUUUAGAAAUCAGAGCGAUUCGGAGAACGCCGACUCAGACUUCUCUUGCCCAUUAUUGAUCUUCAUCCCUCUCUCUCUCUCUCUCUCUAAUGGCGCUUCGAGCGGUGGCAAGGUGGAGGCGAAUCCUGGGGCCCUCGGCCUUUUCCGACGCUUUCACAAAUCCAAAUCCAUACAAUAAAGCCAAUGGCGGAAUCAUGUUAGCUGUGCGGUCAAAUGCUCGGAGUUGUUGGAAUGUCACAGCCUUACAUAGGCCCUUCCGCGUCAAAACCACACACCGGAGUCGCUCAACAUCGACCGUAGCUUCAGCCUCCAUGAAAGAUGAUCUCCCCCCAGUUCUGGAUUCUUCUUCCGACCCGCCGCCCCUCUUUGAUGGCACUACCAGGUUGUAUAUUGCUUACAUAUGCCCCUUUGCGCAGCGUCCAUGGAUUGCCAGGAACUAUAAGGGGUUACAAGACAAGAUCAAGUUGGUUGCUAUUGACCUUCUAAACAAGCCUACUUGGUACAAGGAAAAAGUAAACCCCGAAAAUAAGGAUCCAGUGAAGCAUAAAUUUGCUGAAGAGCUGUUAUCAUACUCUGACACGAUGAGCAAAAUUGUAUUUUCUUCAUUUAAAGGAGAUCCAGUGAAAGAAGUUGGUAGCACUUUUGAUCACUUGGAAGAGGCCCUUCAUAAAUUUGAUGAUGGACCUUUCUUCCUAGGACAAUUCAGUCUGGUGGAUAUUGCCUACAUUACACUUACUGAAAGGUUUUAUCCCUUCUUACAAGAAGUGUGGAAGUAUGAUCUCACAUCCGGCAGGCCUAAACUAGCGGCAUGGAUUGAGGAGAUGAACAAGAUUGAUGCUUAUGCGCAGACAAAGCAAGAUCCAAAAGUAAUCGUUGAGAUCUACAAGAAUCUCUUUUUGUCUCAGAAGUGAAUGCAAUGCAACAGCAGCUCGUUGAAGUUAUGCACUACAAACUGGUUAGAUUUUUCAAAAUCAGGUAGUUGUUGUAGCAAGAUCAAUAGUCACAGUUGCUAGCCGAUGUGAGUGAGGUUUUGUUUGAGGUGUGUCGAGAACACUAUCUUGUAAGGCAGAUUCUACCCUCAGAAAUAAUGUUCCAAUGCAAAAUGUUAUGACUUUAUGAUGACUAUUUUUUUAGAAUACAACAGACAUUUUGUAUAAAUGUGCACACAUAAUAUAAAUUUUUGAAGAAGAACGAAAGAGUGACUGUUGAUUAGAAUUUAGUUGAGUAAAGAUUUCUUAUUUUAUCUGAGCAAACAAAGAGAAAAAGUUCUUAGUUGUCCAAUUGCGAAAAAUAUUUUCUAAUUUUAACUUUAAUUUUACUCUAAUAUUUUGUAUUUUAAAAAGUAAUAGCAUUCAUUUCUUAAAAAAAGAAAUCGUAAUCUUUUAAUGCUCAUUCAAUAAGUCUCGAUUAAUAAAAAAGAUUAAGUCAUGGUAUUAAUAUUAUUUAAAUGAUAUAUACUCAUAAAUAAAAAUAAUUAAAGAAGUAGAAUAUAUAUAUAUACACCCAAUCCCAACAGAUAUGUAAAGUCAUAAUUAACUAUUUUUAAGGAAAAGAAAAAGAAAAACACUGAAUAGU